AUGUCCUACGACGAGAAACGCUUCUCCGACCUGAUCUACGACAUCUUGCGCCAAAGUGACCUCGAGACUGUCUCUGCAAAGAAGAUCCGCAAUGCUCUAUCUGAGAAAGUUGGCUUCGAUGUUACCGAGUACAAGAAAGAAAUCCAAGUCCUGAUCGAAAAAUGCUUCGAUAGAGUGACCUCAGAAGACGCGAAUGGUACCAAUGGCGCAUCUCCAUCCCCCUCAGAAUCCUCUCCUCAAAAGCGCAAAGAACCCUCUGAUGAAUCAGACCUGUCCGAUGUAGUAGACGAUAGACCAAAGAAGAAGUCUCGCAAGCAGCAUGCCGAGGAAGACGAUGCUGCCUACGCCGCCCGUCUACAACGCGAGGAGAACAGCAGAGCAAGACCCACCAGAGCCGGCGCAACCAGAAAAGCUGCUCCCGUGAAGAGGAAGAAGAAGUCGGCUGCCAGAGUCAAGGACGGUAGCGACGUCGAGACCAAUGGAGAGUCCAAGCCGCGCACCGGUGGCUUCCACAAACUCAUGAACCUGUCAGAACCUCUCUCAGCUCUGCUCGGCGAGACACAGUUAUCACGACCUCAGACCGUCAAGAAGAUCUGGGAAUACGUCAAGUCAAACGACCUCCAAGAUCCAUCCGACAAGCGCCAGAUUGUCUGCGACGACGCCAUGCGUGCAGUCUUCAAGACAGAUCGCGUCCACAUGUUCACCAUGAACAAGAUCCUGAACCAGAACCUUUACGCAGCAGAAGACGUCGUAUCCACCACUCCUGCUCCUGCAACAGCAGCUGCUGCGCCCGCCCAUUCUUCCUCUCCAGCACCAGACAUGGGCUCAUCGCCAUGA